AUGCAUGCACGAUUCACUGAUUUCUUCGAGCAAAUGUUCAUGCAUGCAUGCAUGCACUGCGAUGGACACGUCACCCGCAGCCUCGACGAGUGCACGCAUCGUGCGCACGCAUCGUCGGGCAACGGCUGUGCGUACAGCGCUCGCUGCGCGCACACGCUCCCUCCGCACUCAUUGAUUCAUUCUCUUUCGUGUUUUUCACGCGACAACGUGCGUGCGCUACUGUACAGGAACGUGCGCAAGAGCGUUCCGGUACACCCCGGAGCACUUGGUGCACCCAUGGGUAACCGACCCUCCACGGAGCGACGGCUGGCGGGUGAUGCAACUCGGCAACCGCCACCGCCGCCACCGCCUGGCAGGUCUGUGAAUGCACGCAACGGGCCGACUUCAUCGACGUCGACCACGUCAGUACCGUGGAUGCCGCAACAAGCUCCAGGCCCUGCAUCUGAGUCUCCGCCAACCUUUACAAUGGCGGCAGGCACGCGACACAUAUACGCACCGAGUCUGCCGAUACGGCCGCUGACCGAAGUACCCUACUAUCCGUACCUGCGGUAUCGGGUUGUUGUCGAAGACGAGUACGGUUCGUUGCUCGUAGUGACACGGGAGGGUCUUCGUCGUCAACGGGAUGCCAUUCGAGUUGCUUGUGAAACGGAAGCAGAUCCUUACGCACUCAUCGCGCUGGCCACGUGGCAGCAACGCAAAGCACGCGUGAGUCCAGUGGAGCUCGACCAGGUUUGUCCGCCGCAGCGCUUCGCAUCGCUGGAGGCCAACGACGCCCACACUGUCGAGACUACAGCUGCGCAGACUUGA